UUAUGCGCAUGCGUGAUUCUGAAGUCCUUCCGUGUCCCUCGUGUCAUAACAUGGUCGCCUUCACUGCUAUGACCCCAACUUGUUGUUAACCAGAUUGAAAUCUUGAAAAGAGGACCACUUCACUGCAGCCAUGCCUCGCUACGAGCUGGCUCUGAUCCUGAAGGCGAUGCAGCGACCGGAGACGGCGGCCGCCGUCCGGCGCACGGUGGAGACCCUGAUGGAACGCGGCGCGGUGGUGAGAAACCUGGAGAACAUGGGAGAGAGGCUGCUGCCUUACAAGAUAACAAAACACAACGAGAGGCACAGCAGAGGGACUUACUUUCUGGUGGACUUUUAUUGUGCUCCGAGCAUCCUCGACGGCUUGUUGAACCACCUGCACCGUGACGUGGACGUGGUGAGACCCACGGUGUUGAAGAAGGAAGAGCAGGAGCCCAAAAGCAGCGGCUGUGGCCCCUCACAAUAACGUCAUUCACUUUUUUUUAUAUCUCUCCAGUAACCCAGGCUUCGCUGCUCGUGAGGACGGAACGACAUGCUGCUGACCUGCCCAUAGCUGCUGGAUGUGAUAUUACUGUAUAUGUAAUGAAAUAAAUUACUAUUCCCUUUUC